AUGGGAGCUGAUCUCUAUGCCCUGUUAGAAGUCUCCCCUGGGGCCUCGACCGAGGACAUAAGGAAAGCCUACAAGAAACUGGCUCUGCAGUAUCAUCCCGACAAGAACGACGAUCCUCAAGCGGAGGCCCGCUUUAAGGAGAUUUCACAGGCAUACGAAGUAAGUAUCAGUCGAGUCCGUGAGUGACAUCGAACGUCUGAUGGCGCUUUACAGAAAUAUCUACGACGAUGUUCAGGUUUGCCAUUUUCUUGCUAGGAUGGCCGACAGUUACUUGGGCCGAUUUGGAUCAACAUUCGAGAUACAGAGUCAAGAGCUUUAUUUUGUACUUGAGGGUAAUAAGGCAUAUGUGAUUGCCAAAUGGAGAUUACGUGUUUCCUUUAGUUAUUGCAAGGCAAGCCCAUCAUACGUGCUCCGAUAGUAAAGCGGGAGACCGCCCAAGUAUCGGAGUCUGGUGCUUACUUAUUUGAUACUUCGAAGUCGCGAUGCUUACUCGUCAGUAAUAAGCAUUUGUCGAGUGCGGCGGUCAAAUGCGUAGCACGACUACCGGAUUCGAAAGUCACAGGUCGACUCUAUGGCGCUCCACGCGAUCGGGCGUGACCUGGGACGAUCAGUGAGAACGCUAAAUACUCGUAUGUUUCUCGUCCUUUCUCGAUGUACCGUAACCCUACCUGAGGCAACGGGGAUUCAUUCGAAAAGCAAAUCGAGAGAGAAAGGACGUUGUGUUUUUUAUUCGCUUGUAUUCCGGAUGCCCAAUAAGAUUACGACUGGUCGGUUCUGAAAGUACUACAGCAUGCACUGUUCGAGGACGAUGGUUACAAUAGCAAUCAUAAUAAAGGUAUCUUCACUAUGGCCGCGUCAGAACGACGACCCGCUUUGUUGAAGACCGUUCAGCCUAUACCCUACAGAAUUUUCUUGCUUUUUCUCCUAACGAAUGGGGGCCGUCUGUCAUUUGUGUGUAGCCAACUCAAGCCCCUGCCUAGGUAUGUGCGGGACUUCAAACUUUGAUACCGCAUUCAAAUUUGGUUGAAGUUGAAGAUCGGCUGUUUUUGGGAUGGUUUAUCCGAUUUAAGAAACACAACGAUUCAAACGUUGUUUUCGAAGGGCUACCCAGUGUGAUCCAGGCUGCUUUGCGUGGUCGGUACUGACACGCUGCACUUUUAAGGCUAGUAUUCUGAUCAUGGUCGCAUACAAGCACCACGAAUGGUUGGAAUCACGACUGGUGGAUGUUUUAAUGUCAACGGUCUGUUGUCAUGUGCUAGUAUGGUUUUUGGUGCAGUGAUCGCACAUCUAAGUGGUUCUACCAACGACCAUGUUGUCGGAGAAUACUACUGGGGCAAUCAGGCUUACCGUUUUUUGUCCCUAUUACUUCCGAUCCUAUGCUCGACCUGAUGGCGGCCCUCCGCAUAUAAUAUAUUCACUCCUCUAUUUGUCAAUCUCGGUGUGGUAUCCAAUUAGGUUCAGGGUUGCUGACUGACCUCACAUGAAGGAUGUCAAAACUGAAUCAGUCCUAAUGUUUUUAGGUACUUUCGGACUCUGAAAGAAGGAGAAUCUAUGACCAGUUCGGUGAAGAAGGUCUGCGUGGGGGCACGUCUAGCAGAAAAACCACUUUCAAGCCGUUUGCGACGGACUUCAAUCCCUUCAAAACCUUCAGAAUGUUCUUUGGAGGUAGCGACCCCUUUUCGGAUCUCUUUGGAAUGUCCUCCAGUGUAAGCCCACCUUAGCUCAAUUCGUCGCCUUUAAGUUUCUGUUUUAUCAGGCGCGUACAGGGUGAUUUUGCUAUUUUGAAAUCUUACAAAGUAGCUUGCAGAAUGGACCUACUAACUAGCUGAUUAGUAUUACAGACUUUAGAAUGAGUAAUAACGUGAUAGGAAGCUGUACUAGCUAUGUACUAGUAGGAUUUUGACCAAAGGCGACCCGAUUGUAUUACGUGUGCGCGCACAGCCCUUACAACACACUGAAGCUCAAACGGCCUUAAGAUCUCAUCGAGACGCUUGCUGGUGAUAGUAAUGUUUACCCGUUGUCUCUCCCCGUUAGCUUCUCACCCAGCGAUUUUAAGAGGCUCACAGUCUUCAAUCAAGACUUGUGGAUUUAAUAUAAACCGUCGGAAGGCCAUUUGAUAACUUUUUUCGCUUCUGGCGCUUAGCAGAAAUUUCUAUAUUGGUUAGGUCGGAUAUCUGCGCUCCUCAACCUUACCCCAUUGUCAUAGGGGUGACCCCGAAAGUCCCAUGCCGGCUCAGGGCCAAUUAUGGUGGUUCGCCCACUGUAACCCAUGGGAACCACUGUCACGAGAACGCAGGGCUGGCUAACCCAUGAACUGACUAGUAGGGGAGAGGACUUGGGGGGAGGAGGGGGCGCAUGACCCACUCUGCUCCUCACGCCAAUGGUAAUGGAAAGUAAGAUCGGUUAGAGAUUGGUUUGGGCACCAUGGGGGAAGCCAAAUCUAUUCCUGCCAUGCACGUGCGUAUCGCCACAUGAACACGAACCAGAUAUUUGUACAGCGGUUUCCGAUUUCGUGUGGGUAUGAGUUGAUGCUAAAGUGCCAGUGACCUGCAAUGUCUAAAUUUCCCUCGAUACAAAGGCUGGUUGUCAGACGCGAGGCCCAUAUUGCAACGAUAAAAACGAGUAACUGUCGGGUUUUCACUUUUAGAAUGCAGAGAUCAACAGACAUUCUAAAAGUCGGUCAGUUUCAGGGAUCCAAAUUGCCAGCAUUAUACUUGUACUGUCAGAAAAAGUUGAGGUUUAUGUCAGCUACUAGAAACAUGGUGGCAUUAGGCAUGCAUAACUUGAAUCGGCCCGCAGUUUAUACUCAGAAAUGGAUUACCUGCCCAAAAGCUAGAAAUUUUGUGGAAUCUUCCUAUGAAUUCACACAAAUUCACAUAAAAGCAGAAUGGUUAAACGAGGAUUCAGCCACUUCUUCCGUGGCCGGAAAGUAAAACCCGAUUUUACGGUACAAUCCAAAUCGAUGGAUGACACUAACGAAAUUAUUAUUAAAGAUCUCAGUACGUGAGGCAGCCGAGAUGAGUUUUCGAUUCAGUCGACAACGCCGCAAUGACUGGAUAAGCCCUCAAGCCUUACAGUUGUUCGCCUAGAUAGCACAAAGCGUAUCCUCCAGUUCAGGAAAGUAGCAGCCAAGUCGGCUGAAGAUUCCCUGCUAUGUAGAACCUCUGACUUAUUCGUCAAUUAAUUGAUAGGCUAUUUACAAUGCUUGACUCGGUUCCUGAUAGGGGAAACUUUAUUGACGAGAACUGACGCAAAAUUCGGCGAUGGCGUGAGUACCACUGCAUGACUCUGAGGGCCAAACCGUCCGUUCGGUCUGGCGUGCUGCAAGAUUGUAUCCUAUCACCUACUCCAUUUGGCUAUGUACUUAAAUUAUUUGAUUCCCUGAAGGGUUGUAUGAGACGUUAACGGAUCCGAAUUUGCAUCUGGGUGCUGCCUGAUUGAUCUGAAUUGCACUGACGAUACCGAUCUGUAGAAUGUAGUGUCGCAAUUGAACGAGGUCAUUAAACCAGACGGUGUAUAAAUCAACGCUGCCAGGACCAGAGUGUCUUCCAACGUAACGUCCUUAGGGUUAACCACUACGAGCACGAAGAAGUGGACAGUAUUAAGCGUCUCAGUCAAAUUCGUUGCAAAGUGGAUAAGGCAAGAAGAAUAUCGUCAGCCAUAUCGAUGCUGCUCGUAGGGUUUUUGUAAGUCUUUGAAAGCGCAAAUAGAACCGUCGUGAUGUCCUUGUCGCUACACAAACCCGUGUGUAACAGGCAUCUGUCCAGUCAGUCUACUGCUGUCUCCGAAUUAUCCUUCGCCUGAGGUAUACCAGCUGUCUUGAAGGAGACAGUGCGGGCUUGCUGUCAUAACAUUGUGAUGACACCUUAAAUCAUCUACGCCAGUCAGCUGAGAUACCUUAGGCAAGUACGCUGUGCGCCUCAGUAUUCCAGAACUGCUGCUCUAACUCCGACAGCCAAGAUAGUUAAUUUGUAAGCUACAAAAUCGAUUAUAUGCAUAGCACGCAAGAGUCUGUUUUGAUGAAAUAACUUUUCAACAAGUAAAAUUCUACCGCAUGCCUUAUGCCAGCAAGGCUUCCAGUCCACCUUCGUAUUCAGAAGGUCAAGCAGUAUGAAUGAUGCUCGUGGCCGGCAACCCUUGCGGAAGGCAAGUGACGUUGAACACUAUGUGUUUGUGAGCCUGGAAGACCUGCUGGUUGGGUGUCACAAGAAGAUGAAGAUCCAAAGACGGAAGCUAAUGAGACCGGCCUCCGCUUCGGGAAGAGGGCCAGCUCAUUCAACUACUGAAGAGCGUCUCCUUACCUUCGACAUUCCCGCGGGUACUAAGGUCGGGACAAAAAUUCGUUUCACGGAGGAGGGCAACCAGCUGCCUGGACAAAUACCAGCCGAUGUGGUGUUUAUUGUGCAAGAUCAUCCUCACCCACUCUUCCUGCGCGAGGGUGCACACCUGCACACACAAGUCACAAUUGGCCUCCGUCUGGCUCUUCUGGGAGGUGAGGUGAAGGCAAGUACUGUCUUGCUCUUGCUCCCAACCAAUGCAGUCCUUUGAAGUCAAUUAAUCGUAGCAAGUUGGUUGUGUUAAAGUGUUUAGUCCCCCUUUAGGGACUCUUCGAUUGUGUAUCUUCCUAUAUAAGACGAUCUCUCUCUCGUUUUUGCCCUGAGGCUAUUUGGAGACAAAGAGGUUAAUUUAUAGAGCACGCCAAAAUGAUUCAGAGUACACCCUAAAAAUACUCCUUCCAGAUCGGCUGCGGCGAUUUUAGCGGCCAGAGCAGUGGAUGGACUCUAAUGGUUACAAGCAAGGUUUAUAUUAUGCAGGAUGUUUGAGUUUUUCCUAGAUAAGAGCGAUUAGAGUGUGCGCGCGAAAGUGCGGCAGCAUGUGGGAGCGCAAAGACAACAACGGUGGCACACGGAUCAAACCCCUAACUCGCGCAGGGAGGAUUGCAAAUGGGCGGCUGGGCGAAUGCUUUCGUGAUGUAUUCGUCUGAGGCUGUGAUCCAAAGGGUGAAACCGCGGCGUAGACGGCUGACGUGCGCGUGGAGGCGCACGCGUUAACGACAUCUACUCCUUCAUCUCCGAUAAGUUUCAAAACCAUGGUUGGUUUUCGGCCGGAUCAUUCACUUUCAGAGAACUUAAAACAAGAGUAUGGGAGACCUACAGCAGGUGGGCCAACUCAUGAAAUCUCAACAGAAAUUCCGAAAUGCGUCUUCGUUUCAAAGAGAUUAAUAUAGUAGGGUUUUAAAACUAAUCAUUGUGCAGUAUAAUUUUACAAUAAUAUUUUACAAAAAUAUUCAUUCUUUUGCUUAUUUGGUAGGAAAUUAUGUCUUCUUUCAAGUUUAUACUCGAACGAAGUGUAUAAUUAGGUUUUCAAAAACUUUUCUAAUUGCAGAGUAAUUUUGGACCCGAUCUGCCGUUACAUUUGCAUUCAGGGUUUCCAAACUACAAGCCGUAUAUUUUCCGUGUACGGAAAACCACACAUUUCUCUACGGUAAUAAAGGGAGACAAUAUAUGGUUCAUAAAAUUUAGCAGUUGACUUGAUCCAUAUUGUUAACUUUCCAAGCCACAUUGGUAAAUGCAGAGACGACGUUUUAUGAACGGCCAUUUCAGCAUAUCAAAAAUCUAUCAAUAAGAAACUUUUUUAAAACCAAAUCAUACCCUUCCUUCUAGUAUACAUUUGGAAGAAGACGUAAUUUCCUACCGAAUGAGCGAAAAAAUGAAUAUGCUUAUGCAUGUUUUCCAUGAAAUAUAAUUAUAUUAUUAAGGGCACCGAAAAUCAAUAAGAGAAAUUCAUGCUACUUAAGUAGUCAUUUUUAGAGUGUAGUUUUUACAUGCGGUCAAAAGACGUUCUUUCAAAAGCUGACAUCCUAAGGUAACCGAAGUAUUGUAGAAUUAUUUUGCAUAAUCAGUAGUUUUAAAACCACACCAAAUCAAUCUUUUCGAAGCGAAAACGCAUUUCGGAAUUUCGGUUGACUGGGUGCAAGUACCGCAGAGCCACCGUUUCGUGGGUGUUUAAAUUGACCAGCCAGUGGCUGAUUGAAUGACUCAUUAGAGAAACCCCAGGUAAUCACCGUUAGACCGUGAUUAACUCGAGUUUUUAGGCCUCCUAUGUGGUCAGUAACGAUGUCGCCACAUCCUCUUGUUUGCCAACAGGUUGUAGGGCUCCGCAAGGAGAAGCACAUUAUAAAGCUGAAACCGCUGACAAACUCAGGGCAGACGGUGCGCGUUCCAAAUGCUGGGUUGCCAACUCUGCCCGUGAGACCGGGUACGGCCGCGACUACUCCCAGGGGAGAUCUUAUAGUCCACUUUGUCAUCGAGAUGCCCCCUGCGUCGACUGUGCGACAGAUGCGUGUGAUCAAGGAUUUCCCUGCAGAAAAGCCUCCGAAACAGAUGGCACCACAGCAAAUCGAGAGGUCACGACCAACUACGCCAAGCCGGAGUACUUUUCGGACAACCAUGGCACAGUCGACUCGCUAA